AUGCAGCUUGGAUAUACAGGAAAGAGUUCUCUAUUGAAUGCUCUUUUAAAUUCUACAAUAACGGCUGUUUCUCCCAAGGUGAAUACAACAAGGGAAGAUGUAAAAGGGAUUUUAACUGUUGAUAACCACCAGAUAGUCUUUAUAGAUUCUCCAGGAAUUAUUGCUUCUCAUGGAAGACGAAAAUUUUGCAAGGAUUUAAUUAAAGCAGCAUGGAAUGGUUACAAUGAAGCAGAUGUUUGCUUGUUUGUAAUUGAUACUGUAAAGAGACCCACCGCAGAACUAUUUGAGAUUUUAAGACAAUUAUCUGCUACAGCACCAUUCAUGGACAAUCAUGAAGAUACCAUACUUCCCGAUACUGAUGCUGGAUAUGUGGAAUCAUCAAUGAUUCAGGAAUGUAUAGAUGAUAAAUCAUUGGUAGAUGACAACGAACAUGUUGGAAACGUGAAAUCAAUUCCUAUCGCACUGGUUUUAAACAAGAUUGAUUUGGUUUCCCACAAAAAAUGGAUUAAAUCAAGGAUGAGGGAAUUAAAAUCGCAUGGUCACUUUCUCGAUAUAUUUUUUGUUAGUGCCAAGUAUUCUACUGGAAUCACACCAAUAAUAAAUUCUCUCAAGAGGCUCUCCAAACCAGGACUAUGGUCCUACCCCCCGGAUAUGAUAACGACUCUAAGCAAGGUAGAGAUUGUUGAGCAGUUGGUGAGAACGUAUAUAUUUUGCUGGUUCAAUAAGGACGUUCCAUAUCGCGUGGAACAAAAGGUGAUUGGCUGGACCUACUCAGAAGACAAAGUGCUAAAUAUAGAACAUGAAUUAUAUGUAAGGACAGAAAAAGUUGCUAAAAUGAUUUGUGGAACUAGGGGAAGAAUUCUGAAGCAGCUACAAAAAAACGUUUCUUACAAACUCAGCAAACUAUGGAAUGAGGUUGUAUUCAUAUUUAUACAUGUUAAGGUUAAGUAAAGGCACUUUAUUUCCUUGUAGACCAUAUUAUCACGUUCUUGGAGAUUUAGACAAAGGGAUUCGUGUUCGGAUCGAACUCUGGCCUGUUUAUACUGUAAAAGAAUGAGUACUACAAACCAUGUAAAUGAUGCAUGUCUAAGUUCUUUUUCUGGGAUCUUGUUUAUAAACGAUUCCUGUAAAAUUUUAGUAUACAUU